AUGGCCAAGUGCAAGCAGCACAAGGCUGUGAGGGAAGAGGCUGCCUGUCUGGAGGCAGAAAGGCUUGAGAGGGAGCAACUAGACACAGAGCAGCAUGAGAGGGAGCAGUUGGAGGCUGAAAAGUGGGAGCAGGAGUGGUUGGAGGCCAAGAGGAAAGAGCAGGAGUGGUGCGAGUUGCCUGAGGGAGUGGAGCCUGGGACUGAAGAGGUUGGGGCAAAGGCCAGGAAGAAGAGAGCACUGGAGGAUGUUACAUCACUGAGGGCUGGGGAGAAGAAGAAGGUCACCCAAGUCAGAUCUGCAAUCCCUGGUGAGUUGGAAGCUGGUCCCUUGGGAGUGGUCAUGGCCACUGCCACUCCCUCCAACCCCUUGGUGGCAGUGGUAAUCAAGAGGUUUGAGCUGAUCACAGUGGCCAUGGACCAACAAACCACAGAGAUGCAGGCCAGAAGAGAGACCCAGUGCUGGUUCAACAGCCAGCUGGGUGACCUGCUGGACCAGCAAGGAGCUGCACUUAGAUGUGGCAGACCUGGGCUCAAGAGUCUCCAGUCAGAUUGUGAGGGAGUGGGGAUGGAGCUGGAUGAGGGAAUCAUGCACUGGCCUGAGGACAUGCAUAUAAAAGGUUGGUGGUCCAGUUUGGAGAGUGGGGAGGAGAAGGAGCUCUGGAUGAGCAAGGGGGAGGUGUUUGAAGGGGACUCCAAGUAG